AUAGAUUGUCAAAUACACUAUGUUUCUAUAAAGGAAAAAUCAAUUGAAGAUUCAACCGAAAUUGUAAUUUUUCAGAAAUUGUUGUUGGUUGAAAAAGGAAGAAUGGCAACUCUUUCUCUAGGCAAAGAUGACUUGCCAACUAUCAAGUUGAAAAGUGAAGAUGACUUGGUAGUUUCGCCUUUUCUAGGAAUCGAAAAAGGAGCAGUUCUUCAAGAGUGUCGCAUAUUCAAUGACUUGCAUUUGAAACUUCGCAAAUGUGUAGACGCACUUGUUCGUUUACUGUAUCUUGUUGGGCAAGGGGAAAAACUUUCAAGUAGUGAGGCUACGGAAGUAUUCUUUUCAAUAACGAAGCUUUUUCAAUCUAAUGAGCCCACCUUGCGACGUUUAGUCUAUUUGUCCAUAAAGGAACUCGCUGGUGCGGCAGAUGAAGUAAUAAUUGUCACCAAUUGUUUAAUGAAGGAUGUAAACUCAAGAGAAGACAUGUACCGUGCCAACGCAACUAGAGUGCUUUGCCGAAUAACAGACUCUCAGAUGGUCAGUCAAAUUGAACGAUACCUGAAACAAGAAAUAGUCGACAGAAACCCUGUAGUGGCUUCUGCAGCCUUAGUUUCGGGUCAACAUCUUUUACUGCAUAAUAAGGGAGACGUUGUUCGCAGAUGGAUCUCGGAAAUAACUCAGGCCCUGGAGCACCCCUCACCUAUGGUACAGUAUCAUGCGUUAGCUUUACUUUAUCAGAUUAGACAACACGAUCGUUUGGCGGUAUCUAAACUAGUUCAAGGCCUUGCUCGUUCGGGUAUUCGUUCUGCCUUCGCUUGUUGUCUUCUUAUCAGAUGCAUACUUCGUAUCAUUGGGGAAACUUCUUCGAACGAAAACAUAAAUGAAUAUCGUCCCUUUUUUGAAUUCAUCGAAAGUUGUCUGCGACAUCCAUCCGAUAUGGUAGUCUGUGAAGCUGCAAGAGCCAUUAUUUCAGUUCCUGGAAUAUCAAGAGAAGAAGUAAAGAAGACAGUUACAAUUGUUAACUCGCACUUACUGAGAAGAAGCUCGGUUGUGAGACACGCAGCUUUGAGAAUUCUGAACAAAGCGACAUAUCUUUACCCUAAUCAACAAUGGUUUGAUCCAUUUGACUUUGAAGAUUUUCUUCAUGAUAAGAAUAGAGCAAUUACGACUCUGGCAAUCGCAACAGUGCUUCGAGGUGCUCGAGAACAAACUAUUGAAGGCUUUCUGAAGAAAAUUCAGUCCAAGUUUAUGGAACUACCAGAUGAAUUUCGAGUUCAAAUCGUGGAAGCUGUACAUUCCUUGGUGUUGAAAUACCCAAAUAGUUAUUACUCUUUACUCAAUUUCUUAGGAAGUUCGUUGCGUGAAGAAGGCGGUUUUGAUUUCAAGAGAGCUGUUGUUGAUGCCUAUUUUUCUCUUCUUAACGAGAUUCCACAGUCCAAAGAAAUAUGUUUGACACAUCUAUGUGAAUUUAUUGAAGAUUGUGAACAUCCUUUUCUUUCUGCAAGAAUUCUUCAUCUACUAGGGCAAGAAGGUCCAAAGAUGUCUCAGCCUGGCAAAUAUAUUCGUUAUAUUUAUAACAGGAUUAUACUAGAAAAUGCUGCUGUCCGUGCUGCUGCAGUUUCUUCUUUGGCUAGAUUUUUGGAUGAGAAUUCAACAUCCAAAACAAGAAAAGCCAUCGUAGUUCUUUUGAAACAGUGCCUUCAUGACAGCGAUGAUGAAGUUCGUGACCGUGCUUCCUAUUUCUUGCAUCAGUGCCAACGUAUUACUGACGAAGAGAAUAGUCUUAUUAAGAUUGAUGAAGGUGAAGAACCGGUGUCCAGUCCUACAACAAUUAAGGAGUUUCCUCAUUUACCAUAUUCAUUGCCAGAGUUGGAGGGUAAUCUUGUUGAUUAUUUAAAGAGGGAAGAUUUCAACGAAGAAUUUAAUGUGGUCAAUGUUCCCAAGGCAGAGAAAGGAUUUGAAGCAGCAGAGCAAAUUCCGAUGACAAGUGUUCCAGUGAAAGCGGAGGAAGCAAAUAUGAAUACGGAUAAUUGGGGCAAUGUUUCACUUGCCCCAUCGCAAGUCAAGGAAAUGCCUAGUUGGAGAGAUUCGAACAGUCGUCUCUCUGAAAUAGAGGAAUUGGCUUCUUUGGGAAUUCCUCUCAAAACGAGUUCAUCAGUUGAAUUAACUGAGCCUGAAACGGAAUACAAUGUUACCUAUGUGAAGCAUACCUACCGUCAAUGUAUUGUCUUGGAAUUUAUUAUUGUGAGUACAUUGGAGGAUCAAAUUCUUGAAAAUGUCCAUAUCAUUACAGAUUUGAGUUCGAUAGAGGGCCUUCAACUGGUUAAAAAUAUACCGGUCUCGUUGUUAAAGUAUGGGUCUCCACAGCAUGCAUUUGUUGUAUUACAAAGGUUGGAAGGCUUUUAUCCCAUUGGAGAUGCGCCUUGUGAAGUUCGUUAUGUUGUAAAAGAAAUGAUUCCAUCCACUGGCGAAGUGGAUGAAAGAGGUUUUGAUGAGGAAUACAAACUGGAAGACCUUUCGUUUGGAAUUUCGGAUUACAUGGUGCCUCUUCAACAAAGCAAUGCUCGUUUCAAAGAUAUUUGGGAUAAGUUCGGUUCACAAAAUGAAGUUCGAGAGACUUUCGCUUUGAGCAUGCAUCAAUCUAUUCCUUCAGCUUUGAAUGCUGUAAGAGACUUCCUUGGAAUGACAGUUGUGGAAGGAGCCCAAGUCUCUCCAUAUGCAACUCAACAUGUUUCAUUGUUUGGUGGAAGCUUAGUUACAGAAGCUGAUUUCAUAUUGGUUGUUUGUUAUGCCGAAUUUGUGAAGGAGAAUGAAGCUGUUAUAUUGAAUCUCACCGUAAGGAGUGAGGAUUUGAAUGUUAGCGAGUUAGUAUGUAGUGCAAUUGCUUAGAAAGCGCAACAGAGGAGAGCAUUCCAAUUUUAUCUAUUUGUGAAUUCUGGGAACUAAGUGUUUUAAAUAAACACAAUAAGAUUUUCUUUGAGA